AUGCGUUUUUGGGUGUCCUUUGUUGCAUUAGCAACUAUCGCUGGAGUCGGCGCAUCGCCUCCUAAUGUACCACAUCAGCUCGCUGGCCGUCAGAAUCAGACUCCAACCGCACCUCCAGAUCCAACCACCGGUGAGAAUCCAACUGGCGCUGAGAAUCCAGCCGCCGCUCAGAGUUCAAACGCACCUCCGAUUCCUAACGCACCUCCGAUUCCUAACGCACCUCCGAUUCCUAACGCCGCUCCGAAUGGAACCGCGCCAGCUACGAAUGGAACCGCGCCAUGCGGAGUGGUGGCUGCGACGGCUGCUAGGCAACUUGCUGCGAAUCCAAAAGGUACCGUCCUGAAAGCAUUUUCGAUCUAUAAGAAAUGAAUCUGACAGUUCUUGCUUGAAGUGAGACCAAUAGUGGAUGGUCAGCUGGCAUUUGACUGUCUAAAUUCUGUCGCACUCCGCAAACCGGAAGCUCAAGCCUUGGUUGAUGCAGUAAAGCCUUACGUAGAAUGGCAAAGUGGUUAGUAAAACACGGCAAACCGAGAGAGGGAUGCCUUGACAGCUGAUUUUUGAACCAGAUCUGGCUUACCUCAAAGAUCCGCCUUCCGAUUAUCCAUUUCCUCCUGUGGAUAUAGUAGAAAGUCUCAAGGCUGUUGAAAACAACCUCACGGCUGGAAAAUACCGAAAUGAGAUUCAGUUCCAAACGGCUCUCUUCAAAGUCUUUACGCAGGCUCACGAUGGACAUUUUGAUUUCUUCCCAGAUGCUCUAACGAGAGCUUUUGUUUUCCGGCGUCCGAUAUCGAUGUCUUUGGUCUCUGUUAGUAGAGAUGGAAUUGAAAUUCCAAAAAUAUAUACUUUGCGUUAGUAUGCCCUCUCUGAAUUUUUGCUACGCUGUGAUGCUAAAAUCAACACCCCUAGCCGAUACGCAGGCGUCUUUGCUUCCUGGAUCAACUUUCAAGCCUUCAGCUGUCACCAAAAUCAAUGGUAUUGAAGCAUCAAGGUACCUCCAGGAAAUCUCUGACCCAGACACUCCCUUUCAAGACAAAGAUGCGGCAUAUAAUGCUAUGUUCGUGAGCAGAGCUGGCGCGUCUGCUGGAUUUAAUGGCUUCUUUCAGUCAGGUGGACCGUUGAGCUUUAUUUUCCCCGGGCCAACCACGCAGGUGACAUUCGAAAAUGGUACCACGAGAGAGUUUAGGAAUGAAGCCCAAUUAAGGGCAAGCUUUACUGGAGUUGUUGAUGGCGAUACAUUUUACAAAAAGUUUUGUUCGGGACCUCCGGCUGCAGCAGCUCCACCUUCACCGACAAACCCAACAUCCACCCCAACCCCCACAACUGCACCACCACCUGUUGCAACAGUACCUGGAUACCCUCAACCCGUUAUAAUUGCAUCCGAUGGUUCCGUGUCUGGGUAUUAUCUUCAAGAUCCAGGAAACACUGAUGUCGCCGUCCUCUCAGUUCUAACGUUUGCCCCCGACAAGCCUGACGAGUUUCAAAGGACGAUCCAGAGAUUCAUCUCGAUUGCAAAAGGUGCUGGUAAAAAGAAGAUGGUGAUUGACACGAGUUUCAAUGGAGGUGGUUUCCUAUUUCUUGGUUACGACCUCUUCCGGCAAUUCUUCCCCCAAAUUGCCCAAGAUGGCUUCACUCGAUUCAGACAAAACGCUGCUUUCACGAAAAUUAGCGAGAUUGUAUCCGAAUCAAUUCCACCCAACUUCUCUAAACUCUCCAGUUCGGACGAGGAAAUACAAACGUACGAGAUUUGGUACAAUUACAAAUUUGAUUUGGAUAUGACAAACAACACUUUCCCGAAUCGCGAAACUAAGUUUGGGGACAAAACUAAGGACAAAGGCGACACCUUUAGCUCGUUGAUUCGCUGGGAUAUGGCUGAUCCAUUAAGUACCGCCAAUACUACCUAUGGUAUAGGUAUAAAUAUCACUGGCUAUGGAAACCUGUCGCAAGUAACUCAACCAUUUCCCGCUGAGGAUAUCAUACUCGUAGGUCAUCUUCACAAGUUUAUCUAACGAAAGGGGAAUACUGAUCAACGAUAGCUUUAUGAUGGAUUCUGUGCAUCAACCUGCACUAUAUUUAGCGAGUUUAUGCGCCUUCAGGGAAAUGUCAAGUCCGUCGCCGUUGGUGGACGGCCCUCCAAUACUAAGAUCCAGGGGAUAGGUGGUGUAAAGGGAAGCCAGUCUUAUGCGUGGUCCGCCAUUUUCAACGAUGCACAGCGUGCGCUUGCGAUUCAACAGAAGCGCUCGAAGACUACAGCAGCUGAAUUACUCGUUAUGUCUGAUCUUCCUGUGAAUCGAAGUAGCGCCACUGGAGUCAAUCUUCGCGACAACAUUCUUCCGCAGAACAUGGGUGACGGAGUCCCUGCCCAAUUCGUGCAGGAAUUAGCGGACUGCAGGCUAUACUACACCCCACAGAUGAUAGGGGAUGUGCGGCCAUUCUGGAAUGCAGCUGCUAAAGCUACCUGGGGAGGUGGAGCUUGCGUUGCUGGUGGAUUUGCUCAAAGGCCGGUCGUUCAAACGGGAGCUGUUGUCGGAGGCGUUGGACCUUCUAGAACAGAGGUGACAAGAACCGAGGUAGUGAGAAGUGAUGUCGUUUUGACCAAAGACGCAGGGUGGGAGAGGAGACAUGAGGUCAAGUUUGUUUACAAUCAUGCGGCUAAUGACGCCAUGGAUACUUCAUUUGAUAGCUUUGAUAGCUACAUCAAAUAGUGCUUGUUUUUGUUUAUAGGCGUUUAGGUUACAGGCAAUACCAGGUUUGUUUAGGC